AUGUAUACCGCCCGUGUCGUCAAGCCAAAGCUGUCCUUGAGCAUCUCUGCUGUGCAGAAUGCUCCUCGGCCAACAUUGUCGCUCAAGUCACCAAGUGCUCUUCCUCGCACACCUGUCUCGCCAAUCUCCGCAAACAGCCCGUCCAGCAUGAGAUUCUCCUCGCUGCAAGUUCCAAGCUAUUCAUACACAAACUCUUGCUCAUCAAAGAGCAUCCUGAAGAAGCAGUCGUCAUCACGCCCUGCCACUGUUGACAAGCGUAUACAAUUUCAAGUGACGCCAACAGUCCAUUGUGUGACACCGAUUGAGAACCCAGACGAGUAUUACGGAAAGCACAUGAAGAUGUCCCGAGAAGAACGGCGAUGGACGGUCCGACAGUGA